AUGGAAACACCAUGUCCAGAAAGAGUAUGGGCCGAUACAGGUAUAGCAUUUUCAAUGGGAUGUAUAGGUAGUACGAUAGCAAAUAUGGUAAGCGGAUAUAGAAAUGCAUCUCGUGGUGAGAGAAUUAUCAAUUCGUUUACAUUGGUUCGUCGUUAUGCUCCACGUCUCGGAGGUAACUUUGCUAUUUGGGGUACAUUAUUUUCAGGCUUUGACUGCUCACUCGCAUAUAUUCGUAAAAAGGAGGAUUAUAUCAAUCCUAUUGCUGCUGGUGCUCUCACUGGUGGUGUAUUGGCUGCUCGUAAUGGUUGGAAGGCUAUGGCAACCAAUGCCGCCAUGGGUGGUAUCUUUAUCGGUAUCAUUGAAUCUGUACAACACGUCGUCGAGAAGCACUUUUCACAAAAGAAGUUUGAGGAAAUGCAAGCUCAAACCUCUGCACUUAUAGAACAACAAAAACAAGAAUUGGAACAAAUGCAAAGAAAUAAUAAUAAUAAUAAAACAAAAUAUGGUGAUGAAAUGCAUUGA